GCCGGCAUAGGUGACUGGCUCCGUUUUGUUUGUACGUUCGAAAGAGUCAUCCCCCCAAUUUCCCUGGUUCUUAUAAACUCAAAAAAGACCAAUGAGCAAGACGACCAACUUUUGAACACACUUGAAGGCUUGUUUAUCUUUUGAGAAAUUCGUUUUUGUUUCUUCCAGGCUUCUCUGCGAUUGGUGACUGCUUGCAAUCGCUUUUCUUGAUUCCCCAAAUCUGGGUUUGGUUUUUUUUUUUUUCUUUCUUUCUUUUGCCAACAUUGACCCGGAUUGGUUCGGCUCCUGGUCGGCUCGAACCUAUCGAAUCGCCCAUCAUGUACUCAGAGCUGUCCGUUCCAGAAACCAGGGUGUUGUCGGUGGCCAGCCAUGUCGUGUCUGGAAAUGUGGGCAACAAAAUCGCCGUAUUUACCAUGCAGUCGCUGGGCUGUGAGGUAGCGGCUUUGAAUACGGUGCAGUUCAGCAAUCACACUGGCUAUAGGCAAUUCAAGGGGACAAGAGUCUCCGCGGGGGAGAUAUCGGACCUUUGGGAGGGGCUGAAGCAGUCGCACCUGGACGAUUUUGACAUGAUGCUCUCGGGCUACAUACCCGGCGCAGAAGCCGUAGAGGCUGUUGGAAAGAUCGCCCGGGAACUCAAGUCCAAGGGGACCAAAGACUUCUUCUGGGUCUUGGAUCCCGUCAUGGGCGACAAUGGGAAUCUCUAUGUGGCGCAGGAUGUCGUGCCGGCAUACAAGGGCCUUGUCGAGUACGCUGAUCUUAUUCUCCCGAAUCAGUUUGAGGCCGAAGUCCUUUCUGAGGUCAAGAUAGUCGACCUACCGUCCCUCACCCAGGCCGUCGAGGUCCUUCACACCCGGUUUGGCGUCCCCCACAUCAUCAUCACCUCGGUCACGCUGCCGCACCCAGACCAUCCCACCGAGACCAUGUGGGUGGUGGGAUCAACCAGGACGUCUUCAGGGAAACCGCGGCUCUUCAAGAUCGUCUUCCCGGCCAUUGACUGCUACUUUAGCGGGACGGGCGACAUGUUUGCGGCGCUGAUGGUUGCACGCAUGCGUCAGGCCGUCUUCAGCAGUCCAGAUCAUGAGACUCUCAAGGCGCAAAAGUCAUGGGUCAGCGGCGACGCGGUAGAUGCGCCUGAGUUGCCGCUGGCCAAGGCGGCCGAGAAGGUCCUUGCUACGAUGCACGAGAUCCUGACCAAGACGUCGGCAAGUAUGGACGCCGACAUGGCCAAGGUCAAGGCUGCAUUGGGUCCCGAACCAGCAGCAGAUGCUGAGGCGGCCGAGUACAAGAGAAAUAUGCACUUACACAAGUCCAAGGCUGCCGAGCUGAGACUGGCACGAAAUCUGGACUCUUUGCGGUUCCCCAAGGUGGAGCUCCGGGCGGUGCCGAUGUAGGAGGUCAUCCUUCUAAUCUCUUCUUAUCUUUGGGUUUCUCUUGGUAGAAUAGGUUCUUUGGUUGGGUUAGACGAGUAGACUACACUGGCGGAUCCGAUUGGAUUCUAGAUAGCGUGUGACGUCGGAGCGUUUCUUCUUCGAGGUUCGUUCCUCUUGUGCCUAGACGGAAACCAAUAUGCAUGAUACCGCGAACAACUGGAUGCCCGCAUGCGAUCCAAAUUCUCCCAUUCUCAUUUCUAAUACAUUCAUGGUCGCAUUACAAAGGUCUUGAGCAUCCUUCA